AUGCUCCAACGUGUACGUAAACAUAUAUAUAUAUAUAUAUAUAUAUACACAUGUGUGUGUGUAUACAUAUGUUGAUGUGUGCAGGUUACCGUUGGCCAACCUUGGAGAUCAUUCUAUGGGAUAAAUAAAGACGAGAAUAAUUCACAUAUUCCCCGUAUUCAUUGACCAAAUUCUAUCAACAAAUCUCGGACACAAUUCACAGCCCGCAGCACUCAUCAACCCUACCAAAAAUAGAGUCAGGUAUGGUUCUGGUUCUGUCUCUGGCCCUGGUUCCGUCUGGCGCUGGUUCCUUUUUCUGUAUUCUUCUUUUUCUGCUGAGAUGGCAAAGGAGCGGCAGAAGGCCAAGGGAGAAGAGCCCACAGCCUCGUAGCAGCAGCAGCAGCAGCAUCAACCUUGGACAGCCAGGGCCUGCAGAUGCUCCAUGAAGACCUGAAGGCUCACAUCAUCGGUGAAAAUGAUGUCCGACCCAUCACCAGCUCUGGUCUUCUGAGUGGCCGAAGGGUUCAGCUUGGCGAGAAGGAACCUGGCCUGGCUGCCAUACUGUUCGCACUUGAUGAGCUUGGGGACUGGAACCCUCUCAGCGGCCAGCGCCUCAGCAUCCGACUCGGAGGCCUCCAGCAGCUUCCCCAGGCUCUCAUGGCCAGGCUCCUUGUCGAGCCCGAGCUUCCUCCACUGGGCGAUCUUCGAGCCAUAGUGGACCACCACAUAGAAGUAGGAGUCAAAGAGCAGGAUCACAUCUGGAGACACCGAGCUUAUGUCGAGGAGAACCGGAAUUGGCGGCCCGUCGAAGGAGUACUGGAAGAGGGUGGGCUGGAUCAUGAUGAGAGACUCGACCACCCUCUCCCUGUUCAGCAUCAGCCGGAAGAAGGCGGUCUCGUCGGGACUGCUGUUGAAGAUGUCGAUGAACUGUGACCGUCUCAGGUAG